AGCAGCUCCUGCAAAUCACACAGCUAGCAGAAUGGGUAGAGGCAGCUCGCUUGUAUUGGUUCUCUUGGUGAUCCUACUCCUCAACAACGACCACGCCUCAGCUGUAGAAACCUUAGCUUGGAAUGAUGCUGGCAGCACCACCACCACCACCAUGCCUCCGUGGGUGCAACCCAGGGACCGGCAGCUGUUGGACUUGACGGUCGGCGAUAUGCAGGUGGACAUGGUGGUUGCCAAGGACGCGAGCGGUCACUUCAGCACUGUCAGCGAGGCCCUGGAUGCAGCUCGGCCGGUGAGAGGGAAGAGGUACGUGAUAUACAUAAAGAGGGGAAUAUAUCGUGAGGAGGUGGUGAUAAGGAAGAACAACAUAGCGUUGAUUGGGGAUGGAAUCAAUGAGACGGUAAUCUCCGUCAACAAGAGUAGAAGUGGUGGCGGGUGGGCCUCGUAUGACACGGCCGUCGUUUAUGCCAAAGGCACAAUGCUCAUGGCGCGUGACCUCACCAUUGAGAAUACGGCGGGCAGGGAGGCGGGUGCAGCAGUGGCUCUCAGGUCAGACUCCAAACAUUCGGUGUUCUAUCGCUGCGAGUUCAAGGGAUAUGAGGACACGCUCCUCGCCGACUCCAAUCGCCAGUUCUACCGGGAAUGCAUUAUCUCCGGAACCGUGGACUUCACUUACGGCAAUGCUAAGGCCGUGUUCCAGGAGAGCCUUCUCCUUGCACGUGCCCCGCUGAAAGGAAAACACAAUGUUAUUACAGCCCAAGGCCGCGACGGUCCUGACGGUUCCUCAGGCUUCUCGUUCCAGAAUUGCAGGGUGACAUCACAUGAAGAUCUCAACGGUGCCGAGACGUACUUAGGUAGGCCGUGGAGGAACCAUUCCCAUGUGGUCUUCAUGCAGUCUUUCCUCGACGGCAUCGUGCAUCCCAGCGGAUGGGUUCCAUGGGACAAAGCAGACGGCAACGUCCCGCCUACAGUUUAUUACGGCGAGUUCGCGAACACAGGCCCUGGGGCAAACUUGAGCAAGCGUGUGCCCUGGCUCCACGUUAUGGACGCUGGUCAAGCUGAGCAUUGCACGGGGAAGCGAUUCAUCCGUGGGGACGAGUGGCUCAACGCCACCGGAGUCGCGUACCAGCCUGGGCUGUAGACGACUAGCUAGUACAAGCCGCACUCAAACACUUGUGUGCGUACGUGUCUAUCUGCAAGUGCAUGCGAUAAGUAUCCAAAUAAGAGUUGAGUGCAUAUAUAGGCCGGCCGGGCCUAGUACUGCCUUAACUAGGUCUCAGUCGACAUGCCUAUGCUAUGCAUGCAUGCAUGCUUAAUUGUGCCUCUGUGUGUGUAUGGGAAGGAACUGGGGCAUGUGCAUCCUCCACAUGGCCUCGUCAGAAAAAAUAAUGUGUCUU